AUUUGCGAAUCGCGAUCGAGCGAUGGCCGUCGCUUGAUGCGCUAUGACACGGACCGGGCCACGAUUUCGACGUUUUGCUGCAAAUUUCCACCGGCCAUGAAUGAAGGCAACAACCCUACGUGUCCGCCAGGGACGGCCACCUUGCUGGAAGAGCUGGACAAAAAAUUGAUGGUGUUGCUCAGGGACGGCAGGACGUUGAUCGGCUACCUCAGGUCAGUGGACCAGUUUGCAAAUCUGGUGCUGCAUCGGACCAUCGAGAGGAUUCACGUGGGCAAAGAGUACGGAGACAUAGACCGAGGCGUGUUCAUCGUCCGAGGAGAGAAUGUGGUUCUGCUCGGUGAAAUUGAUCCGGACAAGGAGGCGCAGUUGCCCCUGAAAGAGGUGUCCGUGGAGGACAUCCUGGCCGCACAACGACGAGAACAAGAGGCCAAAGUCCUCAAGGAGAAAAUCGUCUCGACUGCCCUGAAGGACCGCGGACUCAACAUGUCCUCCGAGUUAACCACGGACGAGUUUUGAAUACUUUUUUUUUUCUUUUGAUUAAACCGUUUCUAGAUCUUGCGUCUGUAGAGAUGCGCUAAUCAAAAUUCAUGUUUUGGAUUAAAUUGUUGAAGAAUUGCAUCGCAAAUUUAAAUUUUUAUCACUUGUUCUUUUACUUUUUUUAAUAAUUUCAGUUGUAACGGGGAAGAGUUUAUAAUUAAAAAUGGCAAGCAAGGCCAGAUUAAUAUUUAUGCUGGA